AUGUCGUCUUCUGCGCCUCGCAGCGGCGAGCGCAACAUCCACCAAGAUUUUAUCGCGAGGAUCAGAUAUUCCAAUGCGCUUCCCCCGCCGCCGAAUCCCCCCAAGCUCCUCGACAUACCCAACACUGGCCUCGCCAGCGGCCAAUACACGAAUCCGAGCUUUGCGUCGCGACUUGUGAGGGAACAACCACUGAACAUCGAGGCUGAUGCCGAGCUCGGCAUGCCCCUUGACCUCGUGGGCAUGCCUGGCAUUUUCGACGGAGACGAAAGCUCCAUUCAAGCAUCAUCCUCUCAACCGCAUGUCCAUCCCCACGAUCGAGCCCUUCUCCGACCGCUGUCUACGCUUGGCAGGUCCAAGGGCGGCGACACAUCUGUCUCCUUCCUUCGCCGUACCGAAUACAUCUCCUCUGUCGCCUCCAAGCGAGGACCGUCAUCAUCCAGUGCCUUCCUGAAACCCAAGAUUAAGAGACCUGAGAAGCGAGUCGCACAGGAAGUCGAUAUUGGAUCGCCUGCCGCCAUCCGUCGCAAGAUUGAGAAGUCCUUUGAAGCGGCUCAGCGUUACGCUAAGGAGCCGCGUUCCCUCCAGCAUCCAUCGAAGAAGCCUGGCCUGUCAGUCGUUGAAUCGCACCCAUUCUUGCCUGAUCUUGACGCCUUCCCCGACCUCGGUGCGUACGUCACAAUCAAGCUGCAAACCAACCCCGUCUCCACCGACAAGACAUACGAUGAUCGCCUGCUCAGCGCCAUCCUGCAGCCCAUUGCAAAGACGGCCGAAGAGGAGGAGGCCUUCACAGCCGCAUUGGAGGACCACAACCGCGACCCGGAAAAUUUCCCUCGCCCCUCCAACCUCCUCGACUACCACUUCUUCCUCCCGAUCAGCCAGCAGACCGGCGAGCGCUUCCGCUCCGCCUUUGACAUUGACAACCCGGAGCGCGACUCGCCUGAGCUCUACACCCACAGCUCGAGCACCCUCGGCGGCCCCUGCUUCCGCUUCACGCGCCUACGCUCCUACGAGACGACAAAGGAAACCGAGAUUGCGGCCGCCGACAAGUACACUGAUGAACUCGUUGUCAAUUUCAACGACCAGGAGGGCCCCGUCAGUGAGGGUUCCGAUGUCGUCCGCCAGCGCGCCGCCUACUUUUAUCCCGUCAUCCAGCGCGCCACCAUUCGCCCCCAGCGCGCAAAGAACAUUCUUCGCUCGCAGAGUCAGAUUGAGGACGACAGGGAGGUCACGACUCACAUGGACGUAGCACUCGAGGAUCCCGACGCCUCGUUUGCCGAGUUGGCGGCCAAGUAUAAGGCUAACCCCUACCUUGGUCACGCUGAGGCGACGGAGGACCCCAACGCCGAGGACGGGGACGAGACUGUCGGUGGCAGGAGCAGGCGAGACGAUGCCGAUGAUGAGGUGGCCGAGUCGCGCGCGCGCGCGAGCCGUUCCCCAUCGGAGCAGGACGGCGACGCUGAGGGCGAGGAAGACUGA